AUGUCUCCGGCCAAAAGAAAAGUUGAGAAAUCAACUGAAGGUCAUAGAGAUAAUAAAAAAGCUAGAGUGCAAUCAUCAUUAAAGAAUCUUGCUGAUUUAGCAAAAUCUAUUGUUGAAUCAGCAAAUAUAGAGGAAAGAGACAGCCAAACUGACAAUCAAUCCUCAGAAAGAGAGGAAGUACAGAGCCAAGAAGCAGUAGAUACAAAUGAACAAAGUGAAGAAGAAUUAGAAGCUGAAGAAACUGCUGAUGGAGUAGAUGAAGGAGAUGGAGUGGAUGAAGAUGAUGAAGAUGAUGAACGGGAUAGUGCUUCCAAAAAUACAGUUCACUUGUCGACGUCCAUAGCUGAAUUAAGAACAAAGAAGAGAAAUAGUGUGAAUGCUAAUUUAAUUGCAGAAUCUUCUAGUAGAUUGGACAUAGAUCAUAACAAACCUUCCAUUGACGAGGUCAUCAAUGUUUUCAGUAUUGACAAGUAUGCCGUGAGGAUGCCGUUGAAUGAAAAUAAUGAUUUGAUCGUUUAUCUUACGGUCAAAUCAGGCAUGGGCAAGAACUUUGAUAUGUUUAGGCUAAUUCUUAAAAAGUAG